CAAAAUAGAAAUAUGGGGUAUGGGAGUCUGCAACAAUGAAUUAUAUAACAGUUAUUAACAUGUGUUUUAUCUAUACGAAUUUUGUAGGAUACAUUGUACAAUGAAAUGCACAAAGUAUUUAACUUGGUAUGUAACGGCGUGUUAGAAUGUACCAAGUGACAAGGCCUAAUACCGGAUUUGGACGGUGCAACUACCUUGCCUACACGGGUAUAGGACUGUACAUCUGAACGAGGGAGAAUGCUCUGUAUCCUCAAAAUGCUUACUUAUUUUUCACCAGCCUGUAAUCUUUUGUCAUCGCUAAUUGCAAAUUAGUGUGAAGCAUUUGCGUGAAUAUUCUAGCUUACGUUAUUUUAAUGAGUAGUUCAGUAAUUGGUGAAAUACAAUGCAAAUUCGGUCAGAGAGAACAAUAGCGUCACCCGGUAUUUAAACUGCUGAUAAGAAAGACCAAAUAACCCCAUCUAAAAUCGAACCAGUCUUAUCUAGACGGACAUAGGAGGACUAUGGCAACAUUAACAAGCCAGGACUCAACCGCUCAAGCGCGGGUUUAUUUCCAAACGCCUCCCGGUACCGAGGACACAGAAGUCGUCCAGAAGCAAGGGCGGGUAACCGUGAAAUACGAUAGAAAAGAGCUGAGGAAGCGACUCAAUUUGGAGGAGUGGAUAAUUGAGCAGUUAACGGAUUUAUAUGACUGUGAGGAGGAGGAGAUUCCAGAGUUGGAGAUUGACGUGGAUGAGCUGUUGGAUAUGCCCACUGAUGGAGACCGGGCCUCCAGGGUCAAGGUUUUGCUGGUUGACUGUUACAAACCUACAGAUGCCUUUGUCACGGCUCUCCUGGAGAAGGUUAAAGGUCUGCAGAAACUCAGCACUCCGCCCAAAAAGAAUGAAAAAUCUCCCCCUUAGCCUCAGAAUGACUCCAACCUAUUACAACUCAGUUCUACACAGGGACACCCAGCUAGAAUCCCUCAGCACCUAGAAUCCCUCGGAGUCGGCAGGAUUGAUAGAGGGAAGAGGAUCGACCAAUCACUUACUGUCUCUUUCUUUGUUUAAACAACUUCUUGUUGAUAUAUAAUCAUGUUAUACAUAAACAGUAGUAAGUGAUGAGUGUUACAACAUAAUAAUAAAGUAUAGCAUUGAUAAACUGAUUUGUUGACACGGAGGAAGAACAUGCUAACGUUUAACUUGAGCUAUACAAGUCAGAAGCGGAGCAUGACAAGUACACAAACCUAAUGAUAGCUUAUAGUGAAUCAUAACAAGAGGCAACAUUACACAGUCUAACAAAUCUAACUUGUUGAUUGGUCAACUUACAUUACUGUAUGUAUAAUGACAGCUUGAAAUAGUGAACUGUCACUGGUUGAUAUUAGCGCGAGCCAUGUCAUUUUUACGAUGCCAUUUUAACUAUGAGAUUUAUAGAUCAAGCAAAGUGUUACCGAGAAUGGUUUAUGUGGGAUACGGUAGUUAAGUCUGUGUAAUGAUGUCAAGCCGAGCACUCAUCUGUCAAAUCAUUUUUUUGAGAGGUAGCAUGAAGGGCUUUUUAACAUUUUACACUGGACUAAUUGGAGUGAUCAUUAUACUUUGUGUUAUACGUUUGACAUGAGCAAGUGUGGACAGUACUCAAAUAUAAACACCAGCAUGCCACACAUUAGUUCCUGUAAUGACAUCAGUAGCCUACGGGUUUUCAUGGCGCAAAUACUGUUAUUUCAUUUAGAGAGUAGUGCAUGACUGACUCUAUAAAACACAGGAAAACAUUGGAAAAUAAUGGUUAGGCUCCAUUGAAAUUCAUUACAUGAACUAUCACAACAGUAAAUGCUUUUGAGUCCUACCAUAACAUAUGGUUCAACUGUUUCCCCCUCCAUAUCCACCAGCCUGGUGCCUGAGACUGGGGGGGGGGUCUGUUUCUCUCAGACCUGAUCUGAGAGUGUAGAAAGGCCUUUGCUUUGCAUAGCUUUUAAAUUUGUAUCUCAAACCAAAUAUACCUAUAUCAUUAACCACUGCAAAAGGGAUUGGAAAGGCCUUAGAAGACAAAAGUGAUGAUUGUAUUGACUAUUGUGGCUGAAGCGAUGUCUUUCGAGAUGUAUGACAGUUGGCCCUGGAGCGUAGCCAUGUACAACAUUCUGGUUUCCAUUGUAUACGAGAAGGUUCCAUGAUAGGUCAAUCAACCUUGUAUACCAUAUGACUAUCAUAACCAUCUGUAUACCUGACAAACAUCAUUCCUUAUUCUUUUGGGACCCAUUGUGAUGUUAUUUUGGGCAGACUUUUAACUACCAUAUUCAGUGUACCACCUUGAAGACUGAAUCAAACCAUUGAGUAUAUCUGCUGGAGGUAGGGACUGUAUUAUCUGUGGUGUGUGUGUUCAAGAUGUGAUUGCAAGACUGUAGUCAUGUAAUGUAGCAAUACUUACUGGUGCUGUUGGCCAAUUUGUUACAUUUUUAUUAAAAUUCAAUGUUUUACCUA